AUGGCUGUGGAUGAUAAAAUAUAUACAGUUGCUGAUUUUGCUCCAGAAAAUUUUUUUCAGAGUAAUAAAUUGGAUGAAACUAAUUUAAUUAGACUUUAUAAAGCAUUUUUUGAGGAAAAAUGCUAUGAUGUUCAAGAUUACUAUUAUUACUGUGUCUCCGAUGGAAAUGAAAAAAACCCUUCCCUUCAACUUUAUGGGAACUUUAUAAAAAAUUUGAACAUGACCAAUUUUCAAAUUUUWUUAAACUUUGGAAUGUGCAUAAAGAAGCAAAAUGCUCUAGGAUGUGAAUGCGAAUUUGAAAUUUUAAACUUCUCCGAUGUAAAGGCUUUUGAUUAUUUUUUAUAUUUAGAUGCGUAUAAGGUUACUACAACAAUAAGCACCCAUAUAGCAGAUAAAAAUUAUUGCGAAUACAUUAAAGAUGCUAAGGUUGUGUAUUCAUCAUAUCUAUCUGACUGUGGAGGUCCAAUUAAUAAAAACUGCGAAGAAUUUAUGAAAUACAUUGCUCCUUAUAAGAAAACUGAUGGUAAUUCUUCAAUUAUAUGCAAUAUAGUUUCAUCACAUAAUCCUGGUCAGGAAGAAGCUUUAAAGGAUGCUCAACCAUUAUAUAAUUCAUUAUCCGCAGGUAAGUUAUCACGAGAAGUUUAUCGUGCUGUAUCAGAAGAACAAGUAAAUGUUGCUGAAGAAGUAAGAGAAAGAGGAAAUGGUUUUGGAGAAACAAGAUCACAAGAAGAUGAUGUUGCACAAGCAAAAGAAGAGAAUUAUCCUCCAUUAACUCCUCAUUUGCAAGGUUCUAAUAAAGAUCAAGCUUUAACUAACCGCUUAGAUGAAGAUAAAAGUUUUAUGGUUACUACGCCUUUAGAUAGUGGUUCUUCAGAAAAUGGGAGUCCUAUUAAAACUAUAACAUCAGCAUCUAUGGUGGGGAUACCUUCCAUUAUAUUCCUCUUAUACAAGUUUACACCGAUUAGAACAUGGAUAGAUCCCAGAAUUCGUAAUACCAAGAAAGAGUUAAGGAAKGRAAUUAAUGAAAGUAAUGAACUACAAUCACAUGAUUAUAAUUUUGAUCACGCAGAUAUGGACAUUAACAGAUAUAAUAUUGCAUAUCAAUCUAGAUAA